CCCUGCUGCAUGGGACACGGCGCGCUCUGAGCGGGGCACAGCCCAGCCCCAGCUGGUGCCGUACAUCACACGGGCGAUGCAAGGAAGAGCCCGUCAUUACCACCUCCCAGCAGGGACAGCCUCGCCACGCUCAGCUCCUUCCCACAGCGGGGACCUGCGGCCUCCCCAGCCACCAAACCCGGCACCAUGGUGCGCAACGUGGACGACUUUGACUUCUGCCUGCCGUCGCACGCGCAGGGCGUGCUGGAGGGGCUGCAGCGGCUGCGCACCCACCCCAAGCUGUCGGACGUGACGCUGCUGGCGGGCGGACGGGAGUUCCCCUGCCACCGCGGCGUGCUGGCGCUCUGCAGCCAUUACUUCCACGCCAUGUUCUCCGGGGACUUCGCCGAGAGCAUCGCGGCGCGUGUGGAGCUGAAGGAGGUGGACCCCGGCGCGCUGGAGACGCUGCUGGACUUCGCCUACACGGGGAAGGUGACCAUCAACCAGGGCAACGUGGAGGGGCUGAUGCGCACCUCCAGCCAGCUGCACUUCCCCACCAUCCAGCAGGUGUGCAGCCGCUACCUGCGGCAGCAGAUGGACGCCACCAACUGCCUGGGGAUCUGUGAGUUUGGCGAGAGCCACGGCUGCCCCGAGGUGUCCUCCAAGGCCUGGUCCUUCUUGCAGGAGAACUUUGAGGCUGUUUCUCAGCAGGAGGAGUUCCUCCAGCUCUCCAAGGAGAGGUUGGCCGUCUACCUCUCCAACGAGCAGCUGCAGGUGCAGGAAGAGCAGAGCGUGGCCGAAGCCGUGCUGCGCUGGGUGCGCUACGACCCGGGGCAGAGGGCCCAAUUCCUGCCUGAGCUGCUGGAGCUGGCUCGCCUGGUCUCGCUGCCUGACCACUACCUGCAGAACCUGCUUGCCGCCGAACCCCUCGUCCGUGACUCGGCCGCCAGCCAGGCCUUGGUGGCCCGCUCCCGUGCCAUGCUCAGUGCCACUGGCACUGUCCCCACGCCGCCAAAGGCAGCCCCACCACAGAAACUGGAGGAGGUGCUGGUGGUGGUGGGUGGCCGCGUGCUGGAGGAGAGUGAGGAUGAGGAGGGGGGGCUGGAAACGCCAGCCACCCCCAGGAACUUCGCCUUCUACAACCCCAAAACGCGGCGGUGGAUGGCUCUGCCCGACUUCCCUGACUACAACAAGUGGGGCUUCUCUCUGGUGGCACUGAACAAUGACGUCUAUGUCACUGGUGGUUCCCGGGGGUCCCGGAAUGACACGUGGUCAACAACGCAGGCCUGGCGCUUCUGCCCCAAGGAUGGUGUCUGGACAGCCAUCACCUCCAUGCUGCGAGCGCGGACCAACCACACCAGCGCCGUCCUCAACGGCGAGAUCUACGUCCUCGGGGGGACGACGGUGGAGGUGGUGGAGGUGGAGCGCUACGACCCCUACAACCAGAGCUGGGCAGCCAUCAGCCCAGCCCUCAAAUAUGUCAGCAACUUCGCCGCCGCUGGCUGCCUGGGCAAGCUGUACCUGGUGGGCUCCUGCGCCGUCAAAUACAACGCGCUCACCCUGCAGUGCUACAACCCUGUGCGAGAUGCAUGGAGCGUGAUCACGUCCCCAUUCAUCCCCAAGUACCUGUCGGCCCCGCGCUGCGCCACCCUGCACGGCCUCAUCUACCUCAUCGGGGACAACACCAAGAAGGUCCACGUCUACGACCCAGAGGCCAACAUCUGGCAGAAGGUGCAGCUCCUGCACACGCUGCAUGAGAACGGCGGGAUGGUGCCGCUGGGAGAUCGGCUCUUCGUCACCGGCGGCCACUGGAAGGGCAUGGAUGGGGAUUACCGGGUGGAGAUGGAGGUGUACGACUGCACCAAGGACCGCUGGGUGCGGGAGGGCUCGCUGCCCUGCCUCUGGCUCUUCCACAGCUCCUCCUCCAUCUUCAUGGAUACCUCCAAGUGGACUGAGGCUUUCCCAGGGGACCAGGGGUGGUAGCAGAGCUGACGGCGGCGUUCCAGGUGCUGGCAGGCUCAACCCCAGCCAGACAGGAAGCUGCUUGGGUUCCCUCUCUCGCCUCACCUCCCACUGCCACCCCAUCCCCCUAACCCUACCACAGCCACCAACACCUCACCAACACCUUUAAAAAAAAAAGCUUUUUUUACCCUCUGAAAGCCCAAAGCUUUUGGGGUAUUUCAAACUUGCUUCCCUCCCACCAGCCCCCUUUCCCUGUGGCUCUGGGAGCUAGAGUGCCAGAGUAAGCAGGGCAAACCUCCCCAGUGCUGAAGCUGCUCCAUGUCAGCUUCCUCUUGCACAGCAACACAGCAUGCACACGACCAAGCACCCCAAGGACACGGUCCCACAGUGGUGACACAGCUGGCACUUUGUCAGCCCUUUCCUAGCUCUGAUGCCCACAGCCCCAGGUCGGGCUGAGCAUGAAGCCACCCCUUUCUCAGAGGCCAAUGCAGCCUCCAGCACUCUGCUCUUGGGAUGCUGGUAUUGUUUGAUCAAGUUGUUCCAGAGUGCUAUUCUGAUGUUUCACUCAUUAAAU